GUUUCUGAUGUGUAUGACCUUUAACCUCCUAAAUCAAAACACGGAAGGCUGUCUGCAUGUGAUCCACCAAUUGCCGACUGCUGUGUAGCCAACGAUUGUGCAUGCACUGUACGUGCUGUCUCAAUUAUGUGACAAAAUUUGGAGUGCAAAAGAAGAAGCAACUCGAACGGUGCAUAAAUAAGUCACAGGGAGAGUUUGGCCAGACCUGUUGACAGUUACAAUGUUUGAACUACACACAACAUUCGAUCUUUUGUCAUCUUUAUCGCAAUUCAUCUACAGUUACCGUCAACACAGUGGGAUUUCAGAGUCUCUUGUCAUAACUCCUCGGAUUAUCAAUCAAGAGAAAGGCGGAGCUAUUAUUUUUGUCUGGAAUGAUGUUGACAAAGAAAAGCCAGCGUCUUAUGUUACAAACUUUGGUAUAUACGAACCAGACACACAGAAACAUAUGGUUAUAUACACAUAUGAUAAGAAAGUCAAGGUGGUGUCUUGCUCCAUGAAUAAAGAACAAACUCUUCUUGCUUUCAGCAUUGUCAAACCAAGAGAGUCUUCUUCAGAGAAAAAACAUAAAGCUUCCAAGGAUCACCAUAGACACCAAACGUUUCAUUUCAAAGAUGUGUACCAGGCCUAUCUCGCUGAGCUUCAGUCAGUGGAGAAAAUUGUGUACUCCCUCAACAUUGACAGAUCCUCCUUUAUCAAAGUGCAGUUUUUGUAUGCAGAUCAGCAGGGCCAAGAACACAGUAGGGAAUCCAACAUGCUGGUCUUUUUGCACAAAGAAUCAAUUGGCUUGUACAAAGUUCCAAUGGCACGAAUAGGUGACAGAGGGAUUAUGAUGAGCAGCCAGCCAGAGACAAUUCAAGUUGUACGCAAGUUUGUUUGGUGUCAGUGGGACGUGGAGCAACAACGCUUGCACUACAUUGAGAAUAUACGCAUGGAGAAUGGUGGCAACGGAGAGAUCAGCCAGAAGAUGUCCACUAUACAGUUCCAUGGGAGGGCGCAGUAUGAAAAUAUGAUUGACAUUCCCAUAAAUUUCCCCUUUCCCUACAUCAGAACAAAGGACAAGCCUUUAUAUGCAGAUAUCCCACUGCACCCUGGAAUUCCAGAGCUGACCUUGAAUGUCACAGUCCUGACGCAGUCUAGCGGCACUUUCUGUUUGUGCUACCACAAGCUCAUCUCACAGCCCAAGUCCAAGGCUAGUGCUCAGACUCCCAGUGAGGUGCAGGAUGUUGAGUACUACGUGAGCAUGGUGCAUCAUGCCAAAACCCUGUACGGCUGUGUCUCCAGUCUGCCCAAGCACAUUGUCAUGCAGAAGAGACUAGUAUUCUCAUGGUUGGGCAGCUAUCUAGUGGUUAUGUUGCCUGGUUACUUUGUGCAUCUCCUAAAUGUGGGACAAGCAUUUGAACCGUGUCACCACAUUUUGCUGCAUGGUUUGACAAGGAAGAGAGAGAUGUGGAUUCAGACAGGUCUCAGAUGAGCCGUUCCAUGUCUACUAUCUCUGCUUCCCUGUCUGCUGACAGAGUGCCUCUGACAACCCCAGAGCUGAGCCCAGAGCUACAAUUGAGCCCUUUACCACUGCUGAGUCCCACGUCUACCACAACGCCUCUGCUGGGUGCCUUGUCCUUCACCAUCAUCCCAGCUUUCUCGGAGAGCUGCGCAGCAAUGAAGACUCUCCUGCCUUGCCAGGCUUUUGCUCGAGAAUCAGGAGCGACUACUCAGAACCUCUAUGACUACCGCAGCGGAUGCCUGCUGAAGCUUGUAGUCAACAUGGACACCAUGCUGGAGAGUUUCCGGAAUGCCUAUUGGCAAACACGACUGGCCAUUCUUCACUACCUCAUCCUACAUUGCAAAGAUGUUCUGGCCAUCCGGAAGGUGUUCGAAGUCCUUUGUGAGAAUGUGACCAAUGCUGAGAUCAACACAAUGUUCACAGAGUACUUAGUUGCCUCAACCUUCGCGGAGAUGAAAAGACAGGUGGACAGGGAAGUGUUGAAUCUUCUCUCCUUCACAUCCAUAGAAACUCUUCGGGGACAGUAUGAGAAGAGUCCUUCAGGGGAACGUUUGGCUCACGUCUCAUACUCAUCCCUGGAAAUUGUUGAGCUGAACAAACGGCCAAGCAGAGAGCAGAAGAAUCGGUCAAACGAAGACUUUUGGGAUACCUUGAUCCGGAGACUGAGGUCAAGACACACAGAGAUGCCUGCCAAGUUCUCGCAUGAUUCGCUGAUGAGGCAGUACCGGCAAGCCGAAAUGGAAGAAGCUCUUGGAAAGACUGUGUGGGACUCAAGGCAUGUUCCAGAUUCUUUCUUCGACGGAGUCUACACUUUGAGGGUCACUGAGAUGCCUCCUGGUCUGAGAAAGAAGUCUUCGAGAGACAGUGACCACAGCGAGUCGUCCAGUGGCAGGCGGAGCAAAAUCGACGCUGUGCUGGGGCAGGCCCCUCUGUUCCUGCAGACCAAGAUCACACAGGAGUCCCAGAUUUUCAAACGAAGGCUCUCAAAGAUGACAGAAGAUCACCUCACAAGCCACUUGAGCAAAUUCUUGAGAAAAGAAUCUCGGUCUAAAGCCAAGAACGUUGCAAAAGAGUUUUUGUUUUGUCAGGCCAAAGUGUCGAGACAGCUGUGCCAUCUCAUCUGGAGUCUGCGUGGUCAGAACCUGUCUCAUCAGCUGGAGGACACACUAUUGCCCAACCUACAAGAUCCUGGCACAGAUGAGGAAUACGAGCUGUUUCAGCUGUACGAGAGGCUGUACCUGACAGCCGGUGACAUGGGAUACCCCUUGCCUCCAGGUUUCUCAAGUUUCUUCACUGCACUAGGGUUUAAGUGUUUGGAACUUCAUCUGUUCUUCCAGUAUGUGGACAAUCAUGUUCUGAUCCUCACCCCAGAUUUUAUCCUACAAAUGCUGGAUGAUCUCCCCGAUGACGCAGACGACGAAGUACCACAAAUCAAGUUUCAGGUCAUCUCCAGAUUACAAAAGAGUUUUGCUGAGGAGUGCUUUGAGCGUUGGAAUCAUCCAAUCACACAGCAGCGAAAAGCUCGGGAACAGGUGGCGCAGAUCCUUCUGCGUGGACAGCAACCUACUCCGAUGGCGCCUCCAGAUAGCGGGCAAGGUCAAGGUCUCACGGGUCGGCAGUCAAAGGAGAGCAGCGGUCGUCAUAGCACCGGUUCUGCACAGUACAGCACACCCUUCACACCACUCAACACCUUCAUGAAGCAUCUGGACAGUCUAGCAGCGAAUAUCCCAACCAGUCGGCCCAUAAACUACGACACUGGACUCAUAGAAGAUACGGCUUUGUACCACACCAAGACCAAGACCACCUUGGAUAUGUCCACAGUUAAUUUUUAACCUGGAGCUGAGUGCUAAAAGUCUGGGCAGUAGUCUGUCCUUAUCAGGGUGUUCAACUGUAUGAGAAAUGAUGAGCCAUUUGUAAGUUUGUUGAAAAAUGGUAUGACUGGUUGUGAAGCUUACCAUAAAGAUUAUCUGAAUUAUUUUCCAAGUUCUAUUCAUGUACUUUGCCAGAAAAAGACUUAUCCAGAAUUCAGUAUCCUAUGCAUUGUCCUCUUACGUAUUGAAGGUAUCUGUUAAGUAAUAUGGUGGAUUUGACCAGGUCUAUCAAGUCAUCAUCUUUGUAAUGAAACUGCUGGGAUCAUAGAACAGAUUUCAUGGGAAGAGAGUCUUUGGAAUUGCUUUAUGAUAAAACAGUAUCAGUAUGCAACUUAUUGAAUAGCUCUACAGUAUAAACUUUUGUACAUUAAAUCUGAAAAAGAGUGUGAUACACUUGCUAGAAGUUAUGAAGUCUAUGAAAGCACAUCAUUAUUGUAACCAGAGGUGUUAUUGUUGGCUUGUACUAGAUCUAGUGAUUUACCUCACAGACCAGGAGUCACCAAACUGUUUUCAAAGUGGGUUGUAUAGCUGAGAGAAUGCUGAGCACAGGCAGGAUAAUUGUUUCGUCUCAUUAAUGCUGAGCAAAAGUGUGAUACAUUUGCCAAAGGUAAAAGGCUAUAAAAGCACUUUAAAUAGGCACUGUAGGGUUCAAUGAAAAGAUUAAAUUAUUUUGGUGACCAAAUCUUGAGCAUACUACUAUAAACGCAUCUUCCAAGUUUUUAUUUUCUGCAUGGUGGCAUAGCGACAGGCCAGACAAACUGACUUUGCGGCUGUCAUAAACCAAUAGCGCACCUUUAACUUAGUUGUUAUUUCAUAUAGAGGUGAUGCGAACUUAUUUUCGAUAUGAUCCAUUGAAUGUAAUGUUAGAAAUACUGAGAAGAUUGUUUUUAAAGUUAUUUUGGUCUAGUAUGGACAUAUUACUUGAGGUGACAUAUAUUUACUUUGGUCUGGCUUGGUCAUUUUACUGGACAUUAAUGCCUAUCCAGGGCCAUUAAUCUGUGAAGGGAAGUGGUGAGGAGGACUGCAGAAGAGCUCUUCAGAUGAAGUCAAUACCUGAACAAAGAAAAGAAUUUCCCCAGACCCCUGUAGAAAGCCUGAGAUAGAGAUGAAAAUGGAAAACUGCAGUGUCUUCACCAGACCUCCACAUUACCCAAGAAGUUACUAUUCUAUGUAUUAUGUAUGUUGAACAUUGUGUUAGGGUUAGAGCAGUCCUUGUCAACCUUUUUAUAUCUAGUUGCUACUUUUGCCACCUGUAAUUGGCUAAUCUUGUUGUACCACCCACCUACGUGUAUUUCUAAGUAGGAUGAUCGGUGGCUUAGUGAUUAAGCUCUCAAACUGGCAACUAUAAGGUCGUGGGUUCGAAUUCCAUCAGGGGUGUGGCAUUGUGUUCUUGGGAAAGGCACUUAAUGUGAAUUUUCC